AUGUCGGCCUCUCAAGAGAUGAUGAGAUUUCCAAGUGAUGUUCUAUUCGAUCAGAAGUUGUGUCGAUUGCAGAUCAACAAUCUACGAAAGACCAAACCUUUAGUCGAAAGUGAGUGCAAGUUCCAUGUUGGCCACAUACACCAGGAUAUCCAGUAUCAGUUCCAUCAAAUUGGGCUUCGUUUAGUGGAACCUGAGCAAGAUGCUGCAUAUGACGAGUUGAUACAGAAAUUGUUCAAGCAGACUGGGGUAAUAGUCGGAGUUCCUGGGUUGAUAAAUUCACUUGUACUUGAAUGUAUUAAACAUAACUGUUCUGCACCGUUCUUACGAGACGUGAUAGACCAAUAUGACAGCAAUGGAGAGAUCAGUGGUAUGAGAUUACUGAUUUCGUUGAACCGAUUAAGAAAGGGGAUAUGGGAAUAUAACAUUUUGGAACGGGUGGAAUGCAUUGAGGAAAAUUUUCUGAGAUGGUCAUUUCGCAAAUGUGUGUUUGAAAUGACGUGCUUGAAUGAAGUUAAGCCUUCACUUUACAAUCAGACCACGAUAGUAACGAGACUGUUGCACAAGGCGAACUAUCACCCUAAGUUGGAUCAAUUUGCAUCGAAUUCCAUGCUUAUUUUUGACUUGUUACACGAUGAAUUCUUGGACAACAUGACGUCACCGAAUGAUGGAGUCGGGUUUUCUUUCGAGUUGGUAGGACCGUCUGCAAUGCUCGACUGCAUCAAAAGCCUUGGACUGGACAUUGAAUCAGGGAACCACUCAUAUCUAGAGGAGGAUAUUUUGAAAAAAAGAAAACUACAAUGA